AUGGUUGCCGGAGAUUACAGUAUAAACACUGGAGUGGUAAAACGGUUCGGGGCUGUGGACUACGUCCUGUUUACGCUCACUCUACUCAUAUCAUGUGGAAUCGGUGUCUUCUUCGCCAUCAAAGACCGAAACGUUGUCACCACGAAGAAUUACCUGCUUGCUGGACGGAAAAUGGACAUCGUGCCGGUGUCGAUGUCGUUGGUGGUGACGUUCAUGUCGGCGUUGACGCUGCUCGGCACCCCGGUGGAGAUGUACAACUACAACACCAUGUUCUGGUGGCUCAGUCUUAGCUUCGUGUUCGCUCUCAGCGCCGUCAUUCGAAUCUUCAUACCUUUUCUCUUUCAGUUGAGAAUUACCAGCACAUUCGAGUAUUUGGAGUUACGUUUCAGCAAGAAAGUGCGAGUUUUAGGCUGUCUCAUACUCAUUGUGCAGACGUUGAUAUAUCUGGCGUUCGUCUUAUACACCCCAUCAUUAGCGCUGUAUGCAGUGACUGGAUUCUCGUUAUGGGGUUCUGUGGCGGCCAUUGGACUGGUGGUUACUUUCUACACUGCUCUUGGCGGUAUGAAGGCCGUACUGUGGACGGACACGUUCCAGGCUGGAGUAAUAGCAGCAGGUCUACUGGCAGUCCUCAUCCAGGGAUCUAUCGUCGUGGGAGGAUUCGGUCGGGCCUGGGAGAUCGCCGACGAAAGACAACGUAUUUUGUUUGACGACUUUAGUUUUGAUCCAGCCACACGUCAUUCGUUCUGGUCGAUUGUGGUCGGUGCAGGUUUCUUCUGGAUGUCUCUGUACGGCAUCCACCAGGCACAGGUCCAGAGGUGCAUCAGUUUGCCCACCCUGAGGAAGGCGCAAUGGGCUCUAGCUAUCAACAUACCCGGUCUGAUUUUCAUCACCACCAUGUGCUGUAUGAUCGGCGUCGUCAUGUUCGCCUUCUACGCAGACUGCCAUCCAAUCAGCUUCAACAGACUGGUCAACAAGCCUGACGAGAUUCUUCCUCUCUAUGUGAUGGACAUCCUCGGACAUCUUCCUGGACUUCCAGGAAUAUUCAUCUCUUGUCUCUUCAGCGGAAGUUUAAGCUCUCUGUCGUCUGGUCUGAACGCUAUGGGAGCCGUGGUUGUCACCGACCUCAUCCGUCCGUACUGCUGCACCAAGAUGAGCGAUAGAACGGCCACCAUAGUAACCAAACUGGUUGUUUUGACUUUUGGUCUGGUGUCUAUGUGCCUGGCUUACGUCUGCUCUCUACUUGGAGGCGUCUUACAGGCUGCCUACAGCGUGUUCAGCAUUAUUAACGGACCUCUGUUUGGACUGUUUUUGUUUGGGAUGUUCUUCCCGUGGGGAAACCAGUGGGGCGCGUUUGUUGGGUGUUUGACCUCCCUGGCGUUCACGCUAUGGAUCGGAAUUGGAGCGUUCGUGAACAAAGUGAGAACACCUCGCUCACCCACGUGGACUGACGGCUGUAACUGGAACAUCACAACCACAACGCUGACCACCACACUGUCUACCACCAUAGCUACGACUGCGUCCACAGCUGCCACUACAGCUUCUACUACAAAGUCUAUCCUUCCCAUCUACACCAUGUCUUACUUCUACUACACUCCUGUUGCCAUGGUGACGGUGGUGGUCGUUGGAUUAAUAGUCAGCUUUUUGACAGGUUAUACAAGACCAUCGUCUCUCGACGCUAGACUUAUCUGCCCCUUGUUUGAUAGACUGUUCCCCUGUCUCCCUGAAGUAAUACUUAAACCUCUCAGGUUUGGGAUUGACCACAAAGGAAAAUACGACCGUCCAAUUCCUGAACACUGGGAUCACGUUUUCAAGCGAGCCCCCAUAUCCGACAAACCCUCUCUGUUCACGGAUAUAGAAAAAUGUUCAACAGACAAAAACAAUCAUUUUAACAAUGACAAUAGCUACAUAAAUAAGGAAGCAGCCAAUUCCAAUAAGGAAACACAGGGUAUGGACAACCCUGGAUUUCAUUUAUCUCAACAAAAUGAAGAUACCAAGAUGUGACCGAAAGAAUGAACAUUGUACACACGAAUUAAAGGGACUAUAUCCAGAGCCAGUUUAUCCUAGUAGCACGUGCUACGGUCCCCGCGCUCCAUAAACACAAAACAAACAAACAAACAAACAAAAAAACGCAAAAAAACAAAAAACCGAUGAAUUUAUUUUCCAGAUUUUUAUUAGAUCUUGAAAUUACUUCUUUGCCUUACUGUCUUUGACUGCCUCUGCUUUGCUUCCUAUACUUUUAGUAAAAGUAAUAUCCUGGGAAGAGGCCCACGCUGUUAUUUGUGCUACAGAACCCGCGGAUUAGAGAUUUUGGCGAUUAAGAUGAUGUCGACCAAUAGAGACUUUAUAACGACUGUAAUUACAUGUUAAAUAUAGUUUACUAAAUAAAAUAUCAGUGAUUGUAUAUUAAACAUAUUUCUGAUAGUUCUAGUGUUUGCACUAAGUCAAACUUAACUUUAUAUCCUAAUAAUAAUUUUGGGCUACUUACAAAUCUUUACCAGGAGCACAUUGAAUAUUCAGACACUGCUAUUCUAAGCAAGAAAAUACAUAUGUAAUAUUUAAUACUGGUCGGUAAAAAUAUUUAUUAGUCGAAGUAAUAACGGUAGAUUCGUACUUUACCACCGACAUCGACUGACGAGUAGUCGAUUAGCUUAAUUCUGGUUCUCGGUGUAAACAGUGGUUUCCCCAAGACGAAUCCACCGAUAUAGCAACAAGUAGUCUGUUAUGUAUAUUGUGCAUCUUGAUGCUGUUAUAUUAUAUGUGAAUUCCUCUAAGGCCAUCGAAUGAUGGCUUCGAGUUUAAUAAAGUUCUAUU